GCUCGCAGCGGACGCGCGCCCGUCCGUCCCCCACAAGUUGCCGCCGCCGCCGCCGUCCGUUGAUUUAUUCUCUUCCAAUCCCACCACGCGCGCGUAAAUAGCAACGUGUCCGCCUAAUUUCCGCCGUUUCGUCCCUUCACCCCCUCUCCCUCAUUUCGGAUCAGGAAAGUCCGCGCGUGAGCGAGCGUGUCCAGGAAAGGUUCAAGAUCGCGUCUCUCGGAUCGUGAGGCCCCACGAGGAAAAAUCGGGCGAUCGUCGUUGGAUUCUUGUUCUGUGGUGCGAGUGCGGAUCGGGGGAGUUCUGUGGCGAGUGGAGGGCGCGCGAGGGAUCCGGGAGGUUGUUUGGGGAGGAGGGAUCUGAUCUGACUAGUGAGGCGGAGGUAUGGUUGCCGGGCCGGAGGUCAUGCAUCAGGUCGUUCCGAUGCUGGAGGCGUCGUUCCGCCGGUGCCCCGUCAGAGGGGUCGAGGAGGUCGUCGUCGGGGUCGGGGUGUCGUCGCCGCCGCUGCCGGUCGAUUCGCAAUCGCAGGUCGACCUCGAGGUGCCCGAUCUGGUUAAGACGCCUUUGGAGACGCUACAGUUUGUCCCCAAGAUUCGAUCUGGCAGCUUCGCUGAUAUUGGACCUAGGCGCUACAUGGAAGAUGAACAUAUCAGAAUUGAUAAUCUUUCUGGUCAUCUUGGCUCACUGUUGCUGUGCCCGUCCCCUAAUGCAUUCUAUGGGGUUUUUGAUGGCCAUGGAGGUUCAGAUGCAGCAGCCUACAUGAAAAGGCAUGCCAUGAGGUUGUUCUUCGAGGAUUCAGAGUUCCCAGAAGGAUUACAAGAAGAUGAUUUUUUUUCUGAAUCUGUCGCGAACUCAAUCCGCAAAGCGUUCUUGAGUGCAGACCUUGCUCUUGCAGACGAUUCAGUCAUCAGCCGGUCGUCGGGAACCACAGCUCUUACAGCUUUGAUCUUUGGAAGGCAGUUGUUGGUUGCAAAUGCUGGGGAUUGCCGAGCAGUUCUAUGUAGGAAAGGCAUGGCUAUGGAGAUGUCCCGCGAUCACAGGCCAACAUAUGAAGCAGAGCGUCAAAGGGUCACUGAGUGUGGGGGAUACAUUGAGGAUGGCUACCUCAAUGGAGUACUGUCCGUUACUCGGGCUCUAGGGGAUUGGGACAUGAAAAUGCCUCAAGGCUCGCAGUCACCUCUCAUCGCCGAGCCAGAGUUCCAGCAGACCAUCCUCACGGAGGACGAUGAGUUCCUCAUCAUAGGCUGCGACGGGAUAUGGGACGUCAUGACCAGCCAGCAGGCGGUGACCCUGGUCCGAAAGGGGCUCCGGCGGCACGAUGACCCCGAGAGGUGCGCGAGGGAGCUCGCCAUGGAGGCGAAGAGGCUCCAGACCUUUGACAACCUCACGGUGAUCGUCAUUUGCUUUGCCUCCGAGCUCGGCGGGUGCCUGCGGUCUUCGGAGGAGGCAUCAUCGAGGAGGAUAAGAUCUUGCAAGAGCCUGUCUGCUGAGGCCCUUUGCAACCUUAGGAGACUGCUGGAGUCUGAUCAGUAGACGAUUGCCGUAGGGCUUAUUGAGUUAUUGUGCCGACGGGUGUUAGAUGCCUCGUACGGCUGCGCUUGCGCAGCCAGCAAUUUUGUAGGGCAUCCGUCGUUUGUUCGAUGCAGUUCUUCCUUUUUUUUUGUUUCUUUUGUGUUGACUACUGCAGUAUUUGGUGUACAUACUCCAUUGGUUCAUGUACCGGUGAUCAGUUCGUUAGUGAUGAUUUAUGUCAGUGAGAAACCUCCUCCAAGAUUGGUAGGAUUAUUUUC